UGCUUUUCGUUCGCCGCAAGGAUAUCGUUGUUGUGGCCAAAUUAGGGUGGUGAAAACAAGCAGACGUUCAGAUCAAAAGAACGAGGCAGAUGUGAUAUCAGCUGGAGGUGGAGAAUAAAUUCGGUGCUUGGAGGAUGCGGCUUCCACGGUGGGUCCAUUUUUCAGACUUCGGUUAGGAACCAUGUACCCGGCAGGGGUGAAUAACAUCACAGCGAUUUUUCGGUUCAUUCGAAUAUUGUUAUCCCAGAAAGCUCCAGUUAUGCUAGGGAUUCUGUGGGAAUCGGUUCGUUUUCUUUAAUUCUUUAAACAAACAGAGAUUUCGAGGCUUCACUGAGAGUGUUUUUUUUUCAAGUGACAAUACCUCGUUCGGGCAGAAAGUUUUUGCUAAUGACACAUCGCAGUUCCUGGUGAUUAGUGUUGUGGUACUUUUUGGUUGAAAAAGGACAGUGUGAGGAUACAGAGUUUCUAAUAAAAUCCCGUACAUUGGUUGCAGUUUAAUUGUUAGCAAAUAUAUCGAGUAUGCAUCUAAUUACAGCAUCUUGAAGUGAAUUUCCGUAGAUACAGUAUAAUGUUGGAUGCAAUGCCACUUAAAAGCGGAUAAACCGAAAAAUGUCAUGUAAGAAAGGGCAGAGUUGAUGGGCUACCAGAAUUUAAUUGGCGCCCUCCUACUGCUUAUAACAAUAGCGGGCAACUCCACCAGCACAUUAUCACUCACAACAUCCAAUGGAUCUGGCGGAGCUGGGGGAACAUCAUCAUCAUCUUCGUCAUUUGGAAACGUCGUCGUUGAAGAGCCGGAAUUCACUGAUGUUAUCGAAAACGUAACAGUACCCGCUGGACGUAAUGUAAAGCUGGGAUGUUCUGUAAGGAAUCUCGGUUCAUAUAAGGUUGCGUGGAUGCAUUUUGAACAAUCUACGAUAUUAACUGUGCAUAACCAUGUAAUCACGCGAAAUCCACGAAUCAGUGUCACCCACGAUAAACAUGAUAAACACAGGACGUGGUACCUUCACAUCAACAAUGUCCACGAAGAGGAUAAAGGACGCUAUAUGUGCCAAAUUAAUACUGUCGCUGCUAAAACACAAUUCGGAUAUUUACACGUAGUCGUACCGCCAAACAUAGAUGACUCGCUUAGUUCAAGCGACGUUAUAGUCAGAGAAGGAUCAAAUAUCUCAUUAAGAUGUCGCGCGACCGGUAGUCCGACGCCCACGGUGAAAUGGAAACGUGAUGAUAACUCAAAAAUUGCAUUAAAUAAAUCUACAACAGUUAACGAAUGGGAGGGUGAUGUUCUCGAAAUAUCGCGAAUAUCUCGUUUGGACAUGGGAGCUUAUUUAUGUAUAGCAUCCAAUGGCGUACCGCCAACUGUUUCAAAGCGGAUCAAAGUUAGCGUAGAUUUUCCCCCAAUGCUUUUAAUACCUCAUCAAUUAGUUGGCGCGCCAGAAGGAUAUAAUGUUACAAUAGAAUGUUUUACCGAGGCACACCCAACGUCACUCAAUUAUUGGACUCGUGGUGAAGGACCCAUUAUUCAUGACUCAAACAAAUACAAGGUGGAAUCAACCAUUGGAGUACCAACGUACAAAACGCACAUGAAACUUACAAUUUUCAACGUAUCAAACGGUGAUGACGGGAUGUAUAAGUGCGUUGCAAAAAAUCCAAGGGGUGAAACUGAUGGAACCAUACGACUUUAUGUCUCAAAUCCCCCAACAACUGCGUCAGGUCCGCAAACAUCCGAAAACCUAUGGGAGAACUCAGGACAUAACACGAAGCCAAUUCACAAUGUCAACGAUAAAAAUUCCCGAUAUCAAUCCAACCUAAACGACGUUGGAUUAUCAGAGCACAAAUCAUCCCUAGAUAAAUCCCUGAAUGGUGGCGGAAGUGCUGUCGGGAGCGUCGGUGCAGGUAGCAAUGGAGGCCAGGGAAGUUACAACUGGCCAGCUAUUCAACAAGGACAUGAUGCUACAAAUCUCUCGAAUCAAUCAGGUCGCUUAAUCCCUUCUUUGACAUUUUCUUAUCCCUCGUUAAUUCGAUGGCUGCUUUUUGCUGCCUGUCUUUCAUACGCCUAAAGCUGUUUUCUCAUGAUAUCUUUUCGUUUCACUUCGUAAUGAAUAUUUUUAAAAACCAAUAAAUAAAAGGGAAACGUACGACGAAAUUGAACGAAGAAAUGAAUCAUAUUCAGAGCAACAACUCGCAAUUUGUUUGAAUAAGUUCAUAGAUAAUUUCGAUUAAAGGAAAAAAUGCAGGGUUCUAAAUAAAAAUAUUAAAUAAAUAUCUUAAAAUACAAAAUUUAAUGAAUCAAGCUUAAAGUGAAGGAUCUAAGUAUAUUAUCUUUAAAUGUAUUUAUUUUAGGCUUAGAACUUAUAACAAACAGACUCAAGUAUACUAUAUAUACAUAUGUGCAAGAAAAAGAUUUUCACGGACUUAAUACUAUCAGAUGUAAUUGGGAUCUCGCUAAAGCAAAUGAUGUUUAGCUUAUUUACAUAACAGUUUCCUUUAUUCUUAAAAUGAAAACCGAACUCCAAAUUCCAACUUCGUUUCCCGAAAACCUCUAAAUCAUUCAGACUUCAAUAUAAUGAAAAUAGAGUCAAUAACAAAGGUUCCAAAUUUUUCAAAAUUUCGUUGCGCAAAGAAAUCAAAAAGCCCUUUCACAUGGUUGGUUCUACAUAAUUCAAUUCGCUUUUUUCAGAUAAUAAUGCUAGCGUCUCUCAGAUAUUUCAUUAAGUUUGAAAAAGAGCUAGUGAUACUCUGAGCGCUCCCAACUCGACUCUUUUCAAAUUAAACUUUUAAGCAAAAAGGAAGCAUUGCUCACAAAUUAUUAUAUAUACAUACAUAGAUAUAUACAAACAUAUUACAAUGUUAUAUAUACAUAUAUAUAAGAACAGGAAAUGCUUUACUACAAGAUAAUAUAUUAUAUACUUAAGUUAUUGAAGAAAGGACUAUUACAAAUAAAAUUCAGAAACAAAAUGCAUAUUG